UGUUUCUCCAUCCGUCAGAACUCACCUGUCGCUGCGGACUGUUCCUGGCCUGCUGACAGCUUCCCACCUCGAGCACCCGCCUCCGUCUUUCUUCUGUGCCUGCGGGCUUCCUCCAGCACCACAGGACACAAGGGACCCAGAAUUGCUGAGGAAUCCUUUAGCCAACUAAACAGCUUCCAGCACAAAUUGGACGGCGCCUCUGCUGACCUGAGCAAAGCAGACGCCGAAAAAGACUCCUGAGGUGAACCCGAGACGCUAAUAAAACAUUGCCUCCUUCACUGUUUACCAGACAGUCAAAGAUGGAUCUGGGUGGUUUUCUGAAAGAUGGGGAAACUGAGGUGUGGAGAGGUUGAGAAAGCUCCCUCUGAUCCAACAACAGUAGCAGAGCCAAGAUUUGAUCCCAGCAAUCCAGGCUUCAGUUUGCAUAAAAACAUCAGACUAUGCUGCCUUUUGGGCAUCUUUUUGAUCUUCCCAACAAUGUUGGCCAGCUGUCAUAAUGAUCACCAGUGUAUCGGAAUGUGAGGCACAAAGAAGUUAAUGGACUUCCCAAAUAGCCAGUAAAUGACAGAGUCAAGGUUCAACCCAGAAAAGGAUGGUGAUCUGAAGACUCAAGUUGAAAAGCUCUGGAGAGAAGUCAACGCACUGAAGGAAAUACAAGCUCUGCAGACAGUCUGUCUCCGAGGCACAAAAGUUCACAAGAAAUGCUACCUUGCCUCGGAAGGCUUGAAGCACUUCCACGAAGCCAACGAAGACUGCAUUUCCAAAGGAGGGACCCUGGCUGUCCCCAGAAAUGCCGACGAGAUCAACGCUCUCCGGGACUACGGCAGAAGCAGCCUGCCCGGGGUCAAUGACUUUUGGCUGGGCAUCAACGACUUGGUCACCGAGGGCAAGUUUGUCGACGUUAAUGGACUCGCCAUUUCCUUCCUCAACUGGGACCGCGCACAGCCUAACGGUGGCAAGAAGGAAAACUGUGCCUUGUUCUCCCAGUCGGCUCAGGGCAAAUGGAGUGACGAGGUCUGCCGGAGCAGCAAGAGAUAUGUGUGCGAAUUUAUCAUCCCUUAGCAGGUCCUUCUCAAGUAUGUCUUCCAAGCAAUGUCACGAUGUACAGGCUGAUGGUCCCCAAUAAGAAUAAGUCAGAAUCGCAACAUGGGAGUCGGUGUCUGUAGGAGGAAAACAGAGUCGGUCAGUUUUGCUACUGCUUUUCAUUGUGAUUUUUCCAUCCGUGGGAUAGAAGGGAUCAGAAAUAACAAUCCCGCCACAUGCACGCCAUGAAAAUGGUUUCUGCAAAAUGGGCAGUGACAUUCUUCUCUCGCUUUCCUAGCCCCUUUCACUUGUGUGCACCCAGUCUAUUUUAAAAAUAUGAUAACUGUGCAUUUCUUCAAUCCGAAAAAGGAAGCUUAGGCUACCUGGACCAUUUGCUCUUGCAAGAUUGGUGUAUGUUUUUUGAUGAGAAUUCCCUAAGUCAGAGAUUCGGUGUGCCAUAUAAUCCGGGAAUUUUUUAGUCUGAUGCUCGAACUGUUCAAUCCUGGCAACAAUACCUGCUUAGCCUGUUAUCCCACCCUUUCUUUAUGUUUCUACUGCCCAUUGCCUUUGAUUUGCUGCAGUUCCUGCUGAGACAUCUAUCUUGAUUUCCUUCCCCCACCUCCCCAACUUUUUUCUUUGGAAGUUCUGAGUCACGGAUCCAGAAACCGGAAAAGAAUUGAUAAAGUAGCAUAUUUGGUCAAUUUCCACUCCCGGCAAUAUAUUAUGAUUUCCAACUUGAACGCAUAGCUCUAAGGCAGAGUAAGAGCAGCAGAUUAUGUGGAGAAAAUAAAUAGGGAAAAAAAAUCUAUUUUUCCCUUGCUGUAGCACCCUUACUUUCCUUUUAUGAAAUCAAGCAUGGGUGGUAUAAAUGAGUUUCCUUUUUUUUCAAAUUCGUUAUAUACAUAUAUAUUUCAACCAUCAUAUAUUAUUUAAUGAUGGGGCAACCUGUCUUUGGAGUUUGAAAAUAGGAUUUAAAAGACUAUUUUGAAGUCACACAUAUAUGCUAUUUUUUAUUCUGUCAAAUGAUAUUCCUUCCAAAUUGUUUUAACUAGACUGUGUAAAAUAAGUUCAUUGCUUAAUAUGAAAUUACAAAGUUUAGGCUUGGGGUAAAUGGGAUUUUUUUUUAACAUAGAAGAAAGCAGUUCUAAAUAUAUUGUGUUCUUCAAAUAAACGUCUUUUUAUACUUUAAAUGUUAAAUGAGUUUUGUGAACAAUAUCCUGCUCUGCAAACGUUAACUAGUUGUGCUUGGAAUUAAGUUUUAGUUCUUUUCAUUGCAUAAUAAUAA